CCCGGAUUUGUUGAUACAGGUUAGUUUUGUGUUGGUCCUUCGUGCCCGAUCGCCGUGAUCCGUGUUGGUGUUUGGCGGAAGCAUUUCAAUUAUUUCCACCGCUAACCUCCUCCCCAAAGGUGGUGUUGGCGUUGGGGCGAGCUGCUACAACCACUUUUCCACAUCAAACACCAUCCGAUCGUGCAGUAAUGAAGCCACAAACCGUUAUUAGGAGUUUGUGUGCGUAGGUGCGUGUGUGUGUGAGUGUGGUAGGCUCCCCCACGGAAGACGCGUUCGAGAUCUGCCUUCCCCUGUCCGCGUGCUGGCUGGCGGCAUGGAAUGUGGUGAAUGGUCAGUGGAUGGUCUAGGGUAGGAUGGGUGACCGAAAUUUCCCUUCCACCUGAAGAAUUCGGUACACGUACCGUGCGGACACGAUCGAUGUCGAGUGAUGAAGAGAAGGUGUGGAGAUGAGAGUCGGUGGAAGGGGGUACAGUGUUGCGAAGCUACCCAACCAGUUCGCUCGCUCGCUCGCUCACGUCGAGUGGCGGGCGCGCUGGCGAAGAAGAAAGCCGCCCAGUACGGUGCAGGUGUUCGAAUCGAGCGGUCGGUCACGUGUGCUUCUCCGCUGCUGCUGCUGCUGUCCAGUGUGCGUGGCGUCCAAGAGUGCUUGUUUGCUGAGAUCGAGGUCGCCGUGUGAAGCCGUUGAGUGUGUUGAGUGACUCUAAGUGUGUGCUCCCGGAAGUGUUUGUGUGGCCAACAGCAGGAUCUAGUGUCCGCGUGUACAGACACACACAGAGAGGCCAAAUGGCUAUGAGCAAAGUGAUACGACUGUGCGGUCGCCAUCUUAGGCACUGGUCCAGUCAGCCGUCCCGCACAGCGACCACCGUAUCCGGUGCGUUCGUCACAUCGCCAGAGGUUCGUCGCCUGAGCACCGGUGAUCUGCUGCAGGAAAAGUUGGCCACCAAGAGCGUGCAGCGGCAUGACUGGAAUCGGGCCGUCAGCGAGGCGGAGAAGAUCGUCGGCUAUCCGACCUCCUUCCUCAGCCUCAGGUGGCUGCUGAGCGACGAGAUCGCGAACGUGGCGCUGCAUCUACGGAAGCUGGUCGGCAGCAAUCAUCCGUUGCUGAAAGCUGCCAAAACGCUGAUCUACAACGACAAAAACCAGCAGGCAUGGGGACUGAUCGUGCUGCUCGUAUCGAAGGCGGCCGGCCACCUAGACAACAUCCCCGACAUGGAGCAGGACAAGAGUGCCGGCGUGCUACACUCCCAGCGCGCUCUGGCCGAGGUGACGGAGAUGAUCCGGACCUCGCACCUGGUCCACCAGGGCAUGCUGAACCUGCAGUCGUACGACAAUGCGGGCAACGAUCUGAGCGGCGACAGUGACAUGAUCUUCGGCAACAAGAUCGCCCUGCUCGGUGGGGACUAUCUACUAGCGAACGCUUCUCAGCAGGUGGCCACAUUAAGAAACCAGGACCUAAACAUGCUCAUCUCGUCCGCGUUCCGCGAUCUGGCCGAGUCGAACUUUAUCGGCGAGCGGGACGAGCAGAACAACCCACUGCCGACCAAACCGGGCACCCAGCUGAAGGAGCUGGCGACCGAUUUGAACAGUCUGGAAGAUUUGGGCUUCGGCGAUCUGGAGGACAACACCGAACCGAUGAAGAUUGACGGGGUGGUGGGGCAUCCGGAGAAGGAGUGGUCGCUCCGGCACGUGCUCGGCGGUGGCAGUCUGCUGGGGAAGGCCUGCAUGGCCGCCCUGAUGCUCGGUGGCCAUCCGAAGCCGCUCCAGAAGCAGGGCUACGUGUUCGGCAAGCAUCUGGCGCUGGCCUGGCAAGCAUGCAUCGAUAUGCAGCCGUUCCUGCUGCCGACGCUGCCGUUGGGUGCACAGUUCAGUCUGGUGUCCGCUCCGGUACUGUUCCACCUGGAGCAUGACGUUGCGCUGUACGAGGAGAUCGAGAAGGGCAGCCGAUCGAUCCACAACAUCGACUACACCAAAGUGCACCAGGCGGUCCUGAACGGACCGGGGCUGGAGAGGACAAAGAUCCUGCAGCGCAAGCAUAGCCUGGUGGCGUUGAAGGUGCUGGACGAGCUGCCGUCCACCGACGCCCGGACAGCGCUGCAAAACAUCAUCAUAGCCAUGCAGGAGCUGUAGAGGCGGGCGUGCAUGCGGAGGAGGAAGAUGUACAGUACACCGUAAGUUAAGGUUUAGGAAACAUACAGCCCAAAGUUGAUGCAACCAGCGCCUCCUUGCCACACUACCACCAUCACUCGAUAACGAUCACGAUUUCUUCAACAAGAAGAAAUCUCUCUCUUCAAAUCUACCCCAAACGCACGCUAGAUGGCGCCCCAAACGCACUCGUUUGUAGCCGCCGCCGCUUUCAAACGGCCGCAACUCGGGCCGGCGGCUGAAACCGCUCUCUUCACUGACAGCUGUCAGGCCGGGUUGAAAACAACAAUAACAGCCGACAGCGCACCGAAAUUCGCAUGCCGUGUACCGAAAAGGUGGGGAAGCAAGGCUACGAUUACGUUAUCGGCGUGAAUUAAUCCGGCGAUUGUGUGUGCUUUUGCCUGGAGUACGCAUUACGCGUGGUUCGUUCCAAAGUGCUAGUGUGUGAAGUGUUUUUUUCUUCUCAUUUCCCGAAGGUGUGCGCGUGUUUAAUAUGCAAAAAUUCAACCCUCAAAAGCUGAAUCGCAAUUAACCCGAAAGCCAAUUGCGUGUUCUUGAUAUUUUGAUAAGCAGUGUUGGUGAAUGCAAAAGUUGUGCAAGAACGCAUUGCGCCUGAAAAGAUGCUUAGAAUCGGUGAACGAAGAAUGGAAAGUGCAGCGUUAAGCCUGUGUGUCCCGAGGGUUCCACUUUCACGAUGAUGAAAAAGUGCAAUCCGUCUUACAAAGUGCAGCAGGGAGAGAACAGUUACAUCAUCAGAUCGUUUGUUUUUGCUCUCUUGUCGUGCCCCCGGCCGCGCUAAAAGGGGUCGAUCAGCUGGUGUUGUGCCGCAUGCAGAAAACCUGUUUCUUCCGGUCAUUUGUCCGUUCCUGGCGAAAGGAUAAAAGCUGAACAGUUCGCCUGCCAUCUCGCCAGUGUCUGACGUCGUUUGCGUGGACCAACAUCUUCCGGUUGAACCCGUCCCGUCCCGUGCAAAAAAAGAGAGAGAAAAAAACAGAUUGUGUUUAACAGUAGUCGCCCAGGGCCGCCUGUUGCAUUCAGACCUAUUCCAUCACCUAGAAGAGUGAUUGUUUGAGGCGCGAAGUGAAGUUGAAUUGAUUUGAAAAAAGUUUCACUUUUUUCUAUUUGCCCAGCCGGUGCAGGGGUGCCGGAGCGAGGAGUUCGGGCGACGAAUUGUCCGCGCUUGGUUGAGCAGAGCAGCCGGUGAAAGCCGCAGGGUGGCGUGUGUAGCUAAUAACAAAAAAACAGCACCGCCCAGACCCCGUGAGCGUGAAAGGCGGCCUGUGUACGUGAUUGUUGGGCGACUGUUAAGAUGAGCACGAAGCGUACGUACGCCCGUGGCCGCUGCUGAACCCCCCGCGCGAUUCGCAUUGUUUACUGAUCGUACCAGAAGAAAGGCACCACUCUGUGCUCUGUGCCACUUUCGCACACAAGUUACACAAAUACGUUACACGCGUUACAACGCCAGUGCAAAACCGGAUUGCUGGAUCGCGGUAGUGCGCUUGAUAGGUGAUAAUUCUGUUGAUAAUAGCGGAAAUUUCCGGUCGCAAAAAUGUCCCUCGCAAGGAUUUACGGCAUGCAGACCCUUCUGCGGACAGCACGUUUGCGAAAGAGUGUGGUGAAAGUGUGCGGCGCGAGUGGUCCUUCGGCGUUUACCUGGCUGGAAAGUGUCUCCAGGCGAAGCAUCCUGACCGGUGGUGGUGCAAGCCACGAAAAGCUUGCACCGAAACCGGUGCCAAAACACGACUGGAACCGGGCCGUCAGUGAGGCGGAGAAGAUCGUCGGCUAUCCGACCUCGUUCCUGAGCCUUCGGUGGCUGCUGAGCGAUGAGAUUGCGAACGUAGCGCUACAUCUGCGGAAACUGGUCGGCAGCAAUCAUCCCCUGCUAAGGACGGCGAAGUAAGUAGUUGGAGCAUUUGGCGUUUAAGCUGAAGGGAAGCAUCCUUUUUCCUGUUCCUGCCCAAUUCUUGUACAUGCGCUAACGUCACUAAACCGGUUCUGAACGUUUCCAUUCCGCGUUUCACCUAAAAUAAGCUCCAAAAAUUGGGAAUUAAUAUGAGACGGGUGGUUAAAAGAAUCCACGAUUGACGUCACAAGAGCUAGUGAUUUAUGCGUAUUGGCAUCAGAUCGUUAGCCGAUUGGAAAAAAUGACGCAAAUUAGUGAAUUUUAAAGUUUGGGGGUUUUCUUUUCCGAUUUCAAACGUUUGUCGGAUUUAAUAUGUUGCGCAAGUUGCACGAACAUAUAGUAUUUGCAUUUUAACACAACGAUACAACUAGUGGGAUCUAAUGUGGAUACUUUUCCCUUAUUGUUUAACUCAUAAUACACAUUUUGAUCGCGGUGUUUGGCAUUGCUCUUGUUACAUUUACUGGGGAAAAGUAACUUAAUUUAUUUUUUUGUAUUUUUGUAUCAUAAUUUUGUAGUUAAAAGUAGUUAACUUUGGGUGUUAUCAAACGCCAACGAGUUUUAGCACAAAUUGGCAUAAAGUUAAACAAUUUCUAUCGUACAGCCUUGCCGAACGCCUAAAGGUAUGCAAUGUGAUAUUUGUGUUUCUUUAUUUGUUUUAAUUUCUUCUUUAAAUCUAUAUUUCUGAUCAAAAAUAUUUCUCUGAAAAGCUUGAACACAAUUCACUA